AUGUCGGCGGAGAUGAGGACGCUGAGAAACCUUAAGGUAUGGACCCUCUCCACACACUCGCCGUUGAUAGAUGAGUCCAACCACUGUAGUGUCGUCUGCAAACUUGACGAUGAGAUUGUCAUUGUGGGCCGAACUGCAGUCGUGGGUGUAGAGGCAGUACAGGAGGGGGCUCAGCACACAGCCCCAUGGGGAGCCGAUGCUCAGCGUGUGGGUGGAGGAGAGGUGGGGGCCAAGUCUCACAGUCUGGGGCCGAGAGUGUCCAGUUUAGUGAUGAGUCUGUCCGGGAUUAUAGUACAAGACACACGACCCCUCUACCCAAUAUCUGGAACUACAGUCUCUCGAUCAGAUGAUAAAAGUUCUCCUCUAAUAACCCUGCAACGAUCUUUUGUCUAUUUUGGGCAGACAUAUAAUCAGAUUUAUGUCAACCAGAAUGGACAUUUGACAUUUGAUAGGCCAUGGCCAGGUUUCAUAGCUCAAAGGUUUCCAAUGUACGGACCCAGAGACAUCAUUGCUCCAUUCUGGACAGAUCUUGACAACACAGAAACUGGUCAUGUCUACUACAACCAGUACACCAGUGGCAGUGUUCUCCAACAAGCUACACAAGACAUUAAUGAGUACUUCCCAGGGUUGAACUUCAAUGCCAACUUGGUGUUUGUUGCAACAUGGUAUGAGGUGGCCUACUAUCCAACUACUGGAACACAAACAACUGUCCAAGCAGUCUUGAUAUCUGGUGGACAGUACUCAUUUGUGCUGAUGAACUAUGGGAUAAUAGCCUCCACAAUACGCAAAGUACAGGCUGGAUAUGACACAGUCAACUCUACACACCAUUUCACCAUCCCUGGUUCAUUCUCGAGCACUGCUACAGGCAUUAACUCAAAUUUCCGCUUGAGCACCAAUGUCAAUGUACCCGGUCGCUGGGCUUUCAGGACAGACCGUGGUUCAAGAGGCUGCACUUUCAAAGGUGAACCAGUGCAGCUUGGUGACUCAUUCUGGAGCGACAGUAGCUGUGCACAGAAGUGCACCUGCACCUCAACAGGCCUGCAAUGUCACAACCAACCCUGCUCCUUUUCCCAAAUCUGCCGGACAAGUGCCUUUCAGUUCUCCUGCCAGACAGUGCAGAGACGCACCUGCACCAUAAGUGGUGAUCCACAUUACUAUACCUUCGAUGGCACGGUGUUUCACUUUCAGGGCACCUGCACUUAUGUUCUCUCAGAGCAAUGUGGUCGAGGGCUUCCUUACUAUAGAGUAGAGGGCAAGAAUGAGCACAGAGGCAGCACUCGAGUUUCCUGGACACGACUGGUCAAAGUGUUUGUCUACAAUGAAACCAUCGAGCUUGUCAAGGGACAUCAUGCUAAAGCUAUGGUUAAUGGAAACUUUGCAUCCACUCCGUUCUAUCUCAACAAUGGAACUGUCCAGGUUUAUGAGUCAGGUUUUUCUGUGAUUGUCAGUACUGACUUUGGCUUGGAGGUAUCUUAUGACACAAAUCAUUAUGUCAGGAUUAGUGUGCCCUACACUUACCAGAAUGCAACAUGUGGCCUGUGUGGAAACUUCAACAAUCACCGUGGGGAUGACUUCCGAACCCGUCAGGGCGAGGUUGUGAGCUCUGAUGUAGUGUUUGCUAACAGUUGGCAAGCAUCAGGGGAUGAUGAGCCUGGUUGUGAGCCGCAGUGUAAAGGUCUGGACUGCGCUGCCUGCACUGAGGACCAGACAGCUUUAUACAGCAGUACUGAACAUUGUGGUAUCCUCCAGAACAGUUCUGGACCUUUUGCUGUUUGCCAUCAACAACUUCCCCCACAGGACUUUGUGGAGAGCUGUGUGUAUGAUCUGUGUGUAGGAGGAGGGUACAAGCCCAUUCUGUGCCAAGCCCUAAAUGCAUAUGCCAGUCAGUGUCAACAGAAUGGUAUACAGCUACCAAGCUGGAGGAGACAAGGCUUCUGUGAAAUCCCCUGCCCAUCCAACAGCCACUUUGAGUCCCAAGGCACAGGAUGUCCAGCUACCUGUGUCAAUCCCAAUUCUACCCUGAACUGCCCUCUCCCUGCCCAGGAGAGCUGCAUGUGCAAUUCAGGCUACAUCCUUAGUGCUGGGGUCUGCGUACCCCAUGCUGAUUGUGGCUGUAGCUUUGAGGGUCGCUACUACCACUCUGGAGAUACCGUAAUACUAGACAAGGACUGUGGGAGACGUUGUAGCUGCAGUUAUGGCUCCAUGACAUGUCAUUCCCAUGGUUGUGGCCCACUAGAGUCUUGUAGUGUGGAGGAAGGAGAAAGAGGAUGCAGACCUAACAGCUAUGCAACAUGCUCAAUAAUGGGCUCAACAUCAUAUCAUACAUUUGAUGGACUGACAUACCAGUAUCCUGGGGCGUGUCGAUUCACUCUUGUCAAAGUAAAAAGUAUGUCAAGACACCCCCACUUUGUGGUGACAAUAGAAAAAACACCUACAGACCAGCAGGACUUUACCCAGGUGUUGAAGUUUGAGGUAGAAGAUUCACAGGUGUCCAUUGGGAUGGACAAUAGCAAAGUACAGGUAGACGGUCAACGGAUCAGACUACCAUUCAGGUCAGCAUCCAAUCGAAUCCAAAUCUACCACAGCAGCAUUCACAGUAUCACCCUUCGCACCUCCUUUGGUGUAACUCUGCAGACAGUAUGGCCUCACUUUGUGCAUGUCACUGCACCUGGUAUCUACAAUGGAUCACUUGGUGGACUCUGUGGUGACUACAAUGGUCAUCCAAAUGAUGAUUUCCGUACACCAAUUGGCAGCCUGGUCAACAGCUCUCAGCUCUUUGGAGACAGCUGGAGGAGUGGCUCUCUUGCUGCACACUGUGUGGAAACUGGAAAUAACAACACAGAAAGGGAUCCUGGUGAGUACUGUGGUAUUCUUGGAUUGUCACAUUGGCCUUUUGCCCAAUGUUGGGUCAUGAAAAACUGCCCUAAAAACAGCCAUUAUGAACCCUGCGGAACUUCUUGUCCUUCCACCUGCCCCAGCCUUUCCUUUCCCUUCCUCUGCACCACUUAUUGCCAGGAAGGUUGCCAGUGUGAUGAUGGUUUUGUCCUCAAUGGCAACCAGUGCGUGCCACCAACAGCCUGCGGAUGCUAUCACCAAGGACGCUAUUGGUCAGUGGGUGAACACUUCUGGGAUGGCGAGGAAUGUAACAGCUUGUGUACAUGUGAUGGCACUACCGGGGUAGUCCACUGUAUCCCCAACUCCUGUGGACCUCAAGAGUCCUGCCGUGUGGUGGAGGGAAAGCUUGGUUGCCAUCCCAACCCUCACGGCACCUGCUCUGCCUCUGGUGACCCCCACUACCUCACAUUUGAUGGCAAGGCCUAUGACUUGCAGGGAACCUGCCGCUAUGUUCUGGUGACACUUUGUAAUGCUACUAAUGGUCUCCACCAAUUUUCAGUGGAUGCUAAGAAUGAGCCAUGGCCAAGGGAGUGGUCAGCAGUUUCAGUCACAUCUGAAGUUUUUGUGAAUGUGUGGGGCCAUCGAGUGCAUAUGUCAAAGCGAACCCAUGGUGUGGUACAGGUGGAUGGAGUAACAAAAAACUUACCUAUCUUCUUGAAUGGGAGUCAUGUUUCUAUCUAUGCAAGAGGAUAUGAAACAUAUGUCAGUGCUGAUUUUGGCCUGAUUGUCAAGUAUGAUGGACAGUACAGAGUGACAAUCUCUGUACCUUCAAGUUACAGGGGAAAAACAUGUGGACUUUGUGGAAACUUCAAUGGAAAUCCAAAUGAUGAGUUCCGCAUCCCAUCUGGAAUGAUGGUCACCACUCCAGAUGAGUUUGGGACAGCUUGGAAGGUGGCAGGCAGCAAUACUUGCAAUGAUGGGUGUGGCUCCUCCUGCCCAAAAUGCCAGAAUGAACUCCCUGCUAGAGCUCAGUGUGAGGUGAUUCAGGCAGCUGACGGCCCGUUAAGCUUCUGCCAUGAGCACGUGGACCCAGCACCGUACCUCAAUGACUGUGUGUAUGAUGUGUGUGUAUUGGGAGAUGAUUUUCUGUGCGGGGCCAUUCAAACAUAUGUCAGUGCCUGUCAGUCUGCUAAUGUUCGAAUCUACCCAUGGAGACAAAACACCACCUGCAGACCUGAGUGUCCCGCCAACAGCCAUUAUGAGCUGUGUGGUAGUGACUGUGGCCACACCUGUGCCAGCAGCAUGAAUGCCAGCUGCGGGCAGGUUUGCUCUGAGGGAUGUUUCUGUGAUGAAGGUUUCGUCAGGAGUGGGACGGGAUGUGUCCCUGUGGAAAGCUGUGGCUGUGAACAUGACGGCUCCUACUAUAAGGAUGGUGAGUCCUUCUGGACAGAAGGUUGCUCCCAGCGAUGUGAGUGCCAUGCUCCCAAUGACCUGCGCUGUUCUGCUGCAUCUUGCACUCCUGCUCAAGAGUGUGCAAUCAGAGAUGGCAGGCUGGGCUGUUUUCUUUACGAUUUGACCACUUGCACUGUGUGGGGGGAUCCACACUACAUCACUUUUGAUCACAAGGCCUAUGACUUCCAGGGAACGUGUCGCUAUGUUGUAGCAACCCUUUGUAAUGACACAGAUGGACUCCAUCCAUUUUCAGUGGAAGCUAAGAAUGAGCGCUGGAGUCGGAGUACAGUUUCAGUCAUAGCUGAAGUUUUUGUGAACGUGUUGGGCAAUCAAGUGCAUAUGUCCAGGGGACGCAACGGUGUGGUAAAAGUGAGACCUGAGUGUCCCGCCAACAGCCAUUAUGAGCUGUGUGGUAGCGACUGUGGCCACACCUGUGCCAGCAGCAUGAAUGCCAGCUGCGGGCAGGUUUGCUCUGAGGGAUGUUUCUGUGAUGAAGGUUUCGUCAGGAGUGGGACGGGAUGUGUCCCUGUGGAAAGUUGUGGCUGUGAACAUGACGGCUCCUACUAUAAGGAUGGUGAGUCCUUCUGGACAGAAGGUUGCUCCCAGCAAUGUGAGUGCCAUGCUCCCAAUGACCUGCGCUGUUCUGCUGCAUCUUGCACUCCUGCACAAGAGUGUGCCAUCAGAGAUGGCAGGCUGGGCUGUUUUCUUUACGAUUUGACCACUUGCACCGUGUGGGGGGAUCCACACUACAUCACUUUUGAUCACAAGGCCUAUGACUUCCAGGGAACGGGAAAAACAUGUGGACUUUGUGGAAACUUCAAUGGAAAUCCAGAUGAUGAGUUCCGCAUCCCAUCUGGAAUGAUGGUCACCACUCCAGAUGAGUUUGGGACAGCUUGGAAGGUGGCAGGCAGCGAUACUUGCAGCGAUGGGUGUGGCUCCUCCUGCCAACAAUGUACCAAUGAGCUCCAUGCUAGAGCUCAGUGUGAGGUGAUUCAGGCAGCCGACGGCCCGUUAAGAUUCUGCCAUGAGCACGUGGACCCGGCACGAUAUUUCAAGAGCUGUGUGUUUGACGUGUGUGUGUUGGGAGAUGAUUUUCUGUGCGGGGCCAUUCAAACAUAUGUCAGCGCCUGUCAGUCUGCUAAUGGUCGAAUCUACCCAUGGAGACAAAACACCACCUGCAGACCUGAGUGUCCCGCCAACAGCCAUUAUGAGCUGUGUGGUAGCGACUGUGGCCACACCUGUGCCAGCAGCAUUAAUGCCAGCUGCGGGCAGGUUUGCUCUGAGGGAUGUUUCUGUGAUGAAGGUUUCGUCAGGAGUGGGACGGGAUGUGUCCCUGUGGAAAGCUGUGGCUGUGAACAUGACGGCUCCUACUAUAAGGAUGGUGAGUCCUUCUGGACAGAAGGUUGCUCCCAGCAAUGUGAGUGCCAUGCUCCCAAUGACCUGCGCUGUUCUGCUGCAUCUUGCACUCCUGCACAAGAGUGUGCCAUCAGAGAUGGCAGGCUGGGCUGUUUUCUUUACGAUUUGACCACUUGCACUGUGUGGGGGGAUCCACACUACAUCACUUUUGAUCACAAGGCCUAUGACUUCCAGGGAACGUGUCGCUAUGUUGUAGCAACCCUUUGUAAUGACACAGAUGGACUCCAUCCAUUUUCAGUGGAAGCUAAGAAUGAGCGCUGGAGUCGGAGACCUGAGUGUCCCGCCAACAGCCAUUAUGAGCUGUGUGGUAGCGACUGUGGCCACACCUGUGCCAGCAGCAUGAAUGCCAGCUGUGGGCAGGUUUGCUCUGAGGGAUGUUUCUGUGAUGAAGGUUUCGUCAGGAGUGGGACGGGAUGUGUCCCUGUGGAAAGCUGUGGCUGUGAACAUGACGGCUCCUACUAUAAGGAUGGUGAGUCCUUCUGGACAGAAGGUUGCUCCCAGCAAUGUGAGUGCCAUGCUCCCAAUGACCUGCGCUGUUCUGCUGCAUCUUGCACUCCUGCACAAGAGUGUGCCAUCAGAGAUGGCAGGCUGGGCUGUUUUCUUUACGAUUUGACCACUUGCACCGUGUGGGGGGAUCCACACUACAUCACUUUUGAUCACAAGGCCUAUGACUUCCAGGGAACGUGUCGCUAUGUUGUAGCAACCCUUUGUAAUGACACAGAUGGACUCCAUCCAUUUUCAGUGGAAGCUAAGAAUGAGCGCUGGAGUCGGAGACCUGAGUGUCCCGCCAACAGCCAUUAUGAGCUGUGUGGUAGCGACUGUGGCCACACCUGUGCCAGCAGCAUGAAUGCCAGCUGUGGGCAGGUUUGCUCUGAGGGAUGUUUCUGUGAUGAAGGUUUCGUCAGGGAGUGGGACGGGAUGUGUCCCUGUGGAAAGCUGUGGCUGUGA